CUCCAGGAAAGCUCCUAUCAAGAAGCUAGAGAUCAUCCUGAAUGGCGAGCCCGUUGAUGCACUAUCUUCUAUCGUCCACACUCAAUCUGCGUUACGUAUUGGGAAGAGGUUAACGCAAAAGCUCGCGGAGACUCUGUCCAGGGGUUUAUUCGACAUUAUCAUCCAGGCCUCCAUGGACAACAAAGUGCUAGCGCGCGAAACUCUCAAAGCGUACCGCAAACAAGUAUUGGCCAAAUGUUAUGGAGGUGACGUCUCGCGAAAGAGGAAGCUACUAGAGAAGCAGAAAGCCGGUAAGAAGCGUAUGAAGAUGAUAGGCAAUGUGGAGGUGCCGAAGGAGGCCUUCCUGUCGCUCGUUAAGAAAUGAGCUCCACUGGAACAGUCAAACGCAGAACUGCCUCACAAAUAUCCGACAACCAAACGAUGCUGGUUUGGUAUCGACUGUUUAGGAAUAGAUGGUGCAUUCGGAUGACACAGGCAGGCAGGGCUUCGAGCACUGGCUUGUCAAUAGUUUGUUCACGAUGUGGUGCGGUGGAACAAAUGUUUAAUUUGAGACGAUGGGCUUUGCUACGUAGAGCCAGGGUGCCUGGUUUAAAGUACUGUAGUUUUGGUAGCGUAAGUAGAUUUCGAAACUAGUUGAAGGAAAACAGUUCAAAAAUAGAGUCCAGCGAAUGUGUUCGUUGGAAACCGUGUCCUGUUUCGAAAGAAAUCGAACUUCAAACCCCGCUGAUGUGAGGUUACCGCCUUACACGAUGGAAUCACAGUGAUUGUAUUCUGAGCGAAAGUGGCAGAAAGUGUGAUAGCGCUAGUGUGGGGUGGUGAACUGACCCGCAUUGCUUCCAGGAAGCGUGCGGAGAUAAGACUGGCUCAGGCAGCACAAUCAGAUGUCACUUGUGACUGCUAAAAGUAUUAGACUAUACCUGGCAGCAAUACAGAUACGGAUACGGCUUCUGAUGAUCUUCUAAAUACUCGACUUUUAACACUUGUUCCCAGCACAAUUGAAUGUAAUAAAUACGUAAAAACUCGUUCUCGUCCAAGUGAACGAGGUGAACGACACAAGCAGGAACCCUUAGACAACAUUUGGGGCGAUA